AUGGCUUCUAACAAAGGACUUUGUCUUGGCUACAAUGGCAUUCACCCCUUUGCCAAGGUUGACAUCAAAGAUCGUGCUUCUGUCCAGGAACUUCUUCGCACGCUUCUCGAUCCUCUCGAACCCUUCUUUUCGCCCCAGAAGGCUCGCGUCAAAUGCCCCGGUGCAACGGCAGUCCGCUUCGACCAAACCGCCUCCGAAGUCGAGGGUAUCUGCCGCCCGCUCUGGGGUCUAGCUGCUCUACUUGCCGGUGGAGGCGAAUACCAGGGCAAGGAAUGGUGGUUUGAAGGCAUCAAGGCUGGCACAGACCCAGAGAACCCCGAGUAUUGGGGAUACCCACAAGAUAAUGACCAAAGAAUGGUGGAGAUGUGCCCUCUGGGCUGGGCUCUUGCUGUUGUGCCAGAGAUUUGGACCAGCAUGUCUAACAAGGAGAAGGAGAACAUCGAGAAUUGGCUGGGAAACUCGAUUAAUGAGAAGAACAUGCCCAACACCAACUGGCUCUGGUUUCGAGUCUUCGCCAACCUGGGACUGAAGAAGAAUGGUGGAAAGUUUUCUCAAGAGAGACUUGACAGCGACAUUGCACACCUUGAGACCUUUUACCGUGGAGGCGGUUGGUCGAAUGACGGGCCAGAGGGCAUCCACCAAAUGGAUUACUACUCAUCCAGCUUUGCCAUCCAACUCCUACAGCUUCUAUACGCCAAGCUGGCAGGAGAAGAGGACCCGAAGCGGGCUGAAGAGUUCAAAAAGCGAGCGCAGAUGGUCGCCUUAGACCUGAUCCACUACUUUGACGAUGAAGGUAGAGCCAUCCCUUAUGGCCGAAGCGUUGGCUACCGUUUUGCCAUGGUUUCCUUUUGGGGAGCUUUGGCCCAUGCUGAUGUUGAGCUCCCUGCACCACUGACCUGGGGCAUGGUCAAGGGGGUGGUUCUUCGUCACCUGCGUUGGUGGCAGACCCAGCACGAGAUGUGGACAUCGAGCGGAACGCUGUCGAUUGGGUAUUCGUACCCAAACAUGUAUAUGGCGGAGAAUUACAACAGCCCAGGAAGCCCGUACUGGGCAUGCUUGGCAUUUAUGUGCCUGGCUGUCCCAGCGGACCACCCUUUUUGGACCUCGGAGGAAGAACUAGCCAGCAGUGUCAUCCCUCGAGUCAAGGCUCUCAACCAACCAGGACAUAUCAUGAGCUAUCUCGGAGGGCACUGCAUGCUCCUGUCUUCGGGCCAGGCGUGCAGCUACCCCAUGAAAGGGACCCAUGCUAAAUACGGAGGAUUUGCUUACAGUAGCGCCUAUGGUUACUCUGUACCCCCUGGUCUGUUCUCACUUGAGCAGUAUGCCCUGGCAUCGCAACUUGGACUGUCGGAUGAUGGGGGCGAGUACUGGAAAACUCGAAGGCUCUGCGAGUAUGCAGGCAUUGAAGACCGUGAAGGCACGCCUGUUCUCGUUUCGGUCUGGAAGCCAUUCCCAGAUGUCAAGAUCCGAACCAUCCUCAUUCCACCGGAGGAGGGCACACCUAACUGGCACCUUCGGGUUCAUCACAUCGAUAGUGGCCGAGAAGUCAUGACUGCGGAUGGAUCAUUUGCCAUCUGUAAUGUUAAUGCAAUCAACGGGCGAUAUCUGGACCCUUACGACGAAGAGAAGCAUGAAGGCACGUCGCCCAAGAUCAUUGGCAACUACGACCUCAACACCCCGGAUGGCUGGGCGAGUGGCAAGAUGGGGGCAUUUGCAGUGUCGAAAGGUGCUGUAGGCAUCAAAGCUCUGGAGUCGAAGGAAGGCCGUCAGGCCAUGCUGGUCAACGCGGAUCCGAACUCAAACCUGAUUGAGAGUCGAAGCACAAUCCCUACCCUCCAGCACACGAUUAAGGCGGGAGAGUCGGUGUGGUAUGUCACGGCCAUCUACGCAAAGCCCUCGGGCGUCGGUGUGGGCAAGGAGAGCUAUCUUGAUGGAUGGGCCAAGCCUCCAAGCCUUCCUGAAUGGCUUGAGAAGGAGAUGGAGGGCUCGUGA